CUUAUAAUUUAUGUUGCAGGCGAACCUAAUAUACGUACCCUAAAAGCCAUGCGCGUAAGGUGAGGAGAACCCGCGACGUCUGGGGCCCUCAAAUUUUCUGUUUUACAUUUAUUAUUGUGAACGAACAAAUCAAUUUUUUUUGUUUUAGGUACUGGAAAGGCUGGCAUUGAAUUUGCUGAUAUGUAUUGAUGCUGCAUUUGCAACCUCUUUUGGUUGAAGAAAUUGAUCGCUUACUUUGAAGACUACCAAACGGUACGUUUUGUUGGGAGGCUGCGCUUUUCUUCUUAAAAUUAAGGUUUUUGCUGUUUAGUGUUUGGAAUGUAGUCAGAAAAUGUGUUGGCGGGAAAAGAGUUUCCGAUGAAAAUUUGGCAAAUUUGAAGAGGGAAGAAUUUGUCGAGCAGAUCUAUGGAAGAAGACUUUGCCGUAUUAUUCGAGCUUUGAGAAGACCAGGGAAAACCUAGGAUCAUUCUAUUGCCUUUGGUUUAAAAAAAGGGAUAGUAAAUCUUCUUUUGUUGUUGUGGAAGUCGUUCUUGCAAGCUCUGGAGUUUAUAUAGGAAGGCCUGUGAAGGGAAGUCCUGUGAGCGGGAAAACUGGUAUUAUUAAGGAGUAGGAAGUAGAUUGUCUUCAGGGGAGAAGAAGGCGUUGUCAUUUUUGCUCUGUUGAAGCUCAAAAAGAAGUUGGGGUUUUUCUUUGUAUUAGCUUAGUUAAAAUUCAGAACAAAGAUAUGGUUUGCUAUUUGCUUGUUUGAAGCUCAAAGAGAAGUUAGGAUUUGAUAUUUGCUGGUUCGGAGCCUCUCAAAGGGAAAUACAUGUUUUAUUAUUUGCUUAUGUAAAGCUCAAACGAAAGGUAGGGCUUGCAUUUGUGGUUAUUUAGUGAAGUUGCAUGUAAGAGCGUUGGAAUUUUCAAAGAAAAGGAAAAGAAGAAAGAAUAUAUUUUUCACUGAAAAACCGGCAUCUUUUGAGGAUGAGAUUGAUUCAGGGAAGAAGAGUUAAGUGUGAAAUUUGUCUAUUUAAAGGUCCGAGGAAAUAGCGAAGCAUGAGCGUUUUUUGUGGUUACUUAGUAAAGCCGUGUUUGAGAGCUCUGGAGUUAUCAAAGAAAAGGUAAGAAUGAAGAGCUUUCAGUGAAAAAUUGACAUUCUUUGAGAACUAGAUCAUUUACAGAAAAGAAGAGUUUACUUGCAAAUUUAAAGUUAAAAGGAAAAGUUACGGUUUGUUUUUGUUGUUGUUUAGUGAAGUUGUACUCUGAAAAUCCGGACUUUGACAAUGAAAAUGUGAUACGGAAGAAAUUCAUUGGAAACUGUCCUUAUUUAAGAAGGAAGAGAUCGAUAAUUUACAGGGAAGAAAGAGUUUGGCGUAACUUUUGUUUGUUUAAGGAAGGCUAGGGUUCACAUUUGCGGUUAUCUCUUGAUUUUGCAUUUGUAACCGUUGAAGUUGUCAAAAGAAACACAAGGAGAAAAGAGUUUUCAGUGAAAAGCGUUAUUCUUCAAAGAGGAUGAAAUAGGAUCAUUCAGAGUGAAGGAAGAAUUGGUACAACCAUUGUUUGUUUCAGCUUUAGAUAAGGGAGGCUUAAAGUCACAUUUGCAAGCUCUUCAAUUUCCGAAGAUAACAUGGGAAGGUUAUUUCUUUUGAUGAAAAAUUCGUAAUCAUUAAAACAGAAGAAGAAUUUACAGUAAAUUAUGCCUCGCUAGAGAUGAAGGUAAAGCUAUGGUUUAUUUCGCCGGUUAUUUAUGAAUUUGCAUCUUUUAAAGUGGGAUGGGAAGGGUUUCUGAUAAUGAACUUGCAGUCUGAGGAAGAAAAUUGGUAGCCGACACAGGACAAGAGUUUACUGUAGAUUUCACCUAUCCAGAGAUAAGAGGGAAAGCUAGGGUUCUUUAUUCAUGGUAAUAAUUGAAGUUGCUGUUUGAGCUCUUGAAUAAAAGACCAUGUACUGAGGAAGGAGUUUUGUUCACUUAAUGGCUAUCUUUAAAAGGGAAGAAGUUGGUCACGUAUAGAGAAGAAGAGUUUACUGUAAAUUUUAUCAGUUAAAAAUUUGAGGGAAAGUUGGGGUUUGUUCAUGCAGUUAUUUAGUAAAAUCUACACUUGCAAGCUCUUGCAUCUUCAAGGGAAACCUACGAAGGUAAGGUUUUCAAAUGAAGGAAAAUUAUCAAUGGCACAGCAUCAGCAAAAUAAAGUUCGUUUACAGCUGCGGAUGUCAUCUGUUUCACUUUUGUGUGUAUCAAUGCUGGCUGUGUUGGCUCUGUUAUCGAUUUUCAUGGGGCCCUUGCUUGAUCUUGACCAGUUUCCACACCCCUCUUUAGUGCAUCGCCGUUCAUUAACACUGCAGAAGAAACAACCAGAGCAUCUUCAAACAAGCUUAAGUAAUACAAGCAAUGUGCCAACUCAAGCUGAUAUCUGGAAAUCAAAGUUCUCUGAGUUUUACUAUGGUUGUAGUGAUUCAAGCACUCGUUUUGCACCUGCUGUACCUGAGAAGGAUGCUAAUGGUUAUUUGAUGAUUGCAGCCAGUGGAGGACUUAACCAACAAAGAACUGGAAUAACAGAUGCGGUGGUUGUAGCUCGGAUUUUGAAUGCCACCUUGGUGAUUCCAGAAUUGGAUCAUCACUCAUUCUGGAAAGAUAGGAGUGACUUUGCCGACAUUUUUGAUGUUGGUUGGUUUAUUUCUUCACUUCUGAGUGAUGUCACUAUUGUCAAGGAGGUUCCAGAAAAGGUUAUGCAGGAAAUUGAGAGACCAUACACGAUGCGCGUGCCCAGAAAAUCUUCGCAACAUUUCUACCAUAACCGAGUGUUGCCAAUGCUACUAAGCAGGCGAGUUGUGAAGCUGACAAAGUUUGACUACAGGCUUGCAAAUAAGCUGGAUGCUGACUUGCAAAAGCUUCGCUGCAGAGUGAACUAUCAUGCAUUGCAAUUUACAAAGCCCAUUCAGGAAAUGGGUCAAAUUCUGGUCAAUAGAAUGAGGAAUAAGAGCAGGCGUUUCCUUGCAAUUCACUUAAGGUUUGAACCCGACAUGCUUGCAUUUUCUGGGUGUUACUAUGGUGGCGGAGAAAAGGAGAGAAGAGAGUUGGGAGUGAUCCGUAAACGAUGGAAAACUUUGCCUGAGGCAAAUCCAGAAAGAGAACGUAGACAUGGGAAAUGUCCUCUCACACCGGAGGAAGUGGGCUUGAUGUUGAGGGCAUUAGGUUUUGGCAAUGAUUCAUAUAUUUAUGUGGCAUCUGGAGAAGUAUACGGAGGGGAAGAAACUUUAAAGCCUUUGAAAGCCCUUUUUCCAAACUUCUACACUAAAGACACUCUGUCAAAUUCAAGAGAGUUGGAACCAUUCUCUGCAUAUUCUUCUCGCAUGGCUGCUUUGGAUUAUAUUGUAUGUGAUCAAAGUGACGUGUUUGUAACAAACAACAAUGGUAACAUGGCAAGGAUUUUAGCUGGGAGAAGGCGGUUCUUUGGGCACAAGCGUACCAUCCGUCCAUAUGCCAAAAAGCUUAAUUCUCUGUUCUUGAACCGACAUAACAUGAGCUGGGAUACCUUUGCCAAAAAGGUACAGGCUUGCCAGAAAGGUUUCAUGGGCGAGCCUAAUGAAGCAAGGCCUGGCAGGGGUGGGUUUCAUGAAUUUCCCUCUGCUUGUAUUUGUGAGAAGCCAGAUGCUGGAGAGAAAAUUAAGGAAAUAAUUAAGCAAAGCAAGUCAAAGAAGAAACAGGCUCAAGAGAGUGCAGGAGAAACUGUGGAGCUUCAUUCAGAAAAUGGUGCAAAUGGUAGCAAUGACACAGAUCCAUUAAUGGAUGAUUCUGAAGAUGGCACUCCUCGCCAGCAACAAUUGAAUCAUGACAUGAAUUCGGAAGAGGUCACAUCCACAGAAAUCGAAGAUCCUGAGAUAGAGGAGCUUUUAUCUGAUUAGAUCAAUCCAUUUUCUUACCCAAGAGUUUAUUUAUAUCCAAUUGCUGUUGCAUACAGUAAGUUCUAUUCCUACCGUCCUUAGAUAUUAAUGGGUAGGCUUAUGGACAUGCUUAUUUGUAUAUUAAAAUGCUUUGUAACAUUAUCAAAUGCAUAAAAUUUUGAUGUUGUUUUAUGUUAUCCAAUCAUCCCAGUAAUGCCUAAGGGAUUUUUUC